AUGCGACUGCUGGAUCCUAGAGCUUACACUGUACUAUGGAUUGCACCGCUGGAGAUUGAGGCGCGGGCUGCAAAGCUCUUCCUGGAUCAUCAUCACCCGGGUGUUUUUGAAAGCGACGACAGUGAUGACCACGUUUUCUAUGCCGGCGAUAUAUGCGGUUACAAUGUUAUUAUCGGUUCUUUCCCCACCGGACAGGUGUAUGGCAUAUCCUCGGCCACGUCCCUUGUCAAGGAGGCCAGAUCUCGGUUUCCUGAGCUCAAGUUUGGACUGCUGGUGGGCGUCGCGGCCGGAAUUCCCCAGCUCGACAAGCCACCGCUGCGCGACAUUCGGCUUGGAGAUGUCCUCGUGGCCGUACCGGAUAAACUCGACCCCGCGAUCAUUCCCUAUGAGUUAGGCAAAGACGUGGACGGCGGCCAAUUGCAGCUCUUACGCUGUGGCUAUUCGCUCAACGAGGUACCCAAGCUAUUUCGAGGAGGCAUCGGUAACAUUAAGGAUGAGGACGCAGAGAUAACCGUGCGUUUUUACCGAGAAGCUAUGGAGCAGCAGCUACCCGACCACACGUUCGAUGAUCCUGGACAAGACAAGGACCCGCGAUUUCGUUCCGAGAACAGCAAUGGCCAGGACCUCAGGUUAGGACAGUCUAGCUCUGCUGCUGCUAGGACUCAAGUGUGGCAGACACGACCAAAUGACCCCAGUAUAAGUGACACAGUCAGAGGCACCAAACGACGAUUUAGUCAGCUUAGUAUUGCGAAUGGAGCCCAGCUUUCGGGAAACGUUGACGGAGAGCUCUCGACAGACGAUGUUCCUCAUGAAUCGCGGACUUUGGAGAGGAGACGAGCGCUUCUUGACUCGCUCGAGUUUGACCAACUCUAUACUCAUCAAGAGGAAAUUCGCGAAGCACUUAACAAGACUUGCGCUGGAAAGUCGACACUAAUGAAGUUCCUUCUCACAAAUGCUAAAAAGAGGAUGGCGUCGGCUACGCUGAUUUCUUUCUUCUUCAAAGCCCGCGGUGUCGACCUACAAAGAACAACCAUCGGCAUGUAUCGUUCACUCCUAUGGCAGCUUCUACAGCAGCUCCCUCAAUUACAGACAGUCCUAGACCCGUUUCUAGUGAAAGGGCAGAGUGGCAUCAGCUCGGAGUGGAAGAUUUCUUUACUCCAAUCAAUCUUCAGGAAGGCUAUACUUUGUCUUGGGACAUCACAUUUGGUGUGUUUUAUCGACGCUCUAGACGAAUGCGAGGAGGUCCAGAUCCGGGACAUGCUUUCAUUUUUCGAAGACAUUGGAGAUUUUGCUGCAGAACAAAAUAUUCAAUUCCGUGUCUGCCUUUCCAGCAGAUACUACCCUCACAUUACAAUCUCAAAGGGACUCGGUAUAGAUCUGCGAGAGCAGAACGGACACACCCAAGACAUUGAGCGCUACGUGAAGAGCAAGUUGAAGAUUGGAAGCGGUAGAACAGCGAAUACCGUGUAUUCCGAUGUCGUAAAAAAGGCGAAAGGAGUCUUUAUGUGGGUUUUCUUGGUGGUGCCGAUUCUUCAGCAGGUUUAUGACCGUGGCUGCAUGUCCGAGCUUAGGGAACAGCUUGCCAAGAUCCCCAGAGACCUUCAUGAGCUGUUUCGCAAUAUUCUGACACGAGACCGCGAGAAUCAGGAUAGGCAGCUCCUGUGUAUUCAAUGGGUGCUAUUUGCGAAGCAGCCGCUACGCCCGACGCAACUCCAUCUUGCAAUCCUUUUUGGCACUUUGCCUGAUUGUUCAAAGUUGCCUUUGGGCGACAUCAAUCCUGAAAAUAGCCGCCGGUUUAUUUUGAGUUGUUCAAAGGGGCUUACCGAGUUGACUAGAAGCAGCAAGAACCAGACAGUGCAAUUCAUCCAUGAGUCGGUACGGGACUUUCUCCUCAAGGAUAAAGGACUCGAAGAAUUAUGGAUUGGCGCAACAGAGCGAUUCCAAGGAGAAUGUCACGAGAAACUGAAGCAGUUUUGUUUGGAUUACAUGAACUCUGCCACCCAAUUUUGUGUUGAUAAGCCCCUGCUUGGGAAUGCGAAGCAGAAGCUAAAGGUUGCUCAAGAUGCGGCAAAUAGGGAUUUCCCGUGUCUCGAGUAUGCUGUAACAUCUCUCUUGCACCACGCCGAUUGUGCGCAAGAUGGUGGCGUCUGUCAAGUCAACUUCAUGGAGAGCUUUCCGCUACAGCGCUGGAUCGAGCUCAGCAAUGCAUUUGAGAGAUACGGUAGCCGAAAAUACGACUUUAUGCCGAGUCUCCUGUAUGUCUUAGCAGAGCAAAACGCCGGAAACCUCAUCAACGUCCAUCCGGACAGAGCAUUAGGCCUAAGAGCCGAGCGUCGGCGUUGGAAACCUGCGUCGUGGACUUGGCAGUAUCGGUACUCCGGGCGUCAUGGGCGUUACGGGGUGCCAUUACUAGCGGCGCUGGCUACCGGCAGCUGCGAUUCGGCAGCGGCCUUGAUGAAAGUCUUGGCCCAGAACGCGGACGCAGCAGUCCUCAUUCAAGAAAUAUGUCAAGCAUACGGCAAAAAUGCGAGUCAGACGCCCGCCAUCCGGCGCGGAUUCGAUUACCACCGUAAAUGGCAUCAGUCAUUAAUGGAACAUCUUAUUAAUGCUGGCGAUACAAUGGUGCUUGAUUUUCUGCUUACCUGUGGGCAGAACGAUGCAUUGGUGCUUGCCUUUCUACUCACUCCCGCAGACGGUGCCACACCUAGCGGACUCUCGGAAUGUCGGCCGCUCCAUUCUGCUGCGUGGGGAGACCACGCAGCCGCCUUACGACCAGUCCUCAAACGCGGUGCGCAUCUCAAUCAAGUUGACCUCGAGGGCCGGACAGCUUUGUCUGUGGCUGUCAAGCUUAGCCGUGAGGAAGUGGUGAUUUACCUUCUCGAAGCAGGAGCCAAUGUUGAGAUUGCCGACAAUUUGGGGCGGACGCCACUUCAUGUUGCUGCGAAGGAAGGGAACAUAGCUAUGGUGCGGCUGCUUCUACAUGCAGGCGCUGACGUUAAUACAGCUUGUAAAGAUGGCGACACUCCAUUGCUGUGCGCGGUUGUCCGCAGCCUCGCAAUAGUGAGAGCGCUUCUCGACAAAAAUGCCAAUGUCGAUAUUGCUGAUCGAAAGGGCCGAACGCCAUUAUCGCUUGCCAUCACUCAGGGUGGAACUCUGGAUGAUGUUAUAAUGCCGAUUAGUGUCGCGGAGGUAGAGCGCAGAGAGAUUGUUUGGGAGCUUGUCGCUCGUGGCGCUGACAUUCACGCCCGCGAUGCGCAGGCGAUCUUACUCGAUUCUGCGUUAGGCGUUAUUAUAAUAGCUUAA